GCUGAGUCACACCUAACAGACAAAUCUGUUUUGCACACGACUCUUAACACAAAAGCAGGAAACUACUUUUCAAGCGAGCGUCUCUCUCUGUCUGUCUGUAUAUUAGUGAAAUAUGGCAGAAGCUCAUAUUUUUCAGGACAAGUUCAGCUGUUCAGUGUGUUUGGAUCUCCUGAAGGAUCCAGUGACCAUUCCCUGUGGACACAAUUACUGUAUGAGCUGUAUUACAAACUGCUGGGAUCAGAAUGAGAUGGGAAUCUACAGCUGCCCUCAAUGCAGACAAACCUUCACACCAAGACCUGUUUUAUUUAAAAAUGUGAUGUUUGCUGAAAUGGUGGAAGAACUGAAGAAGACAAAACUUCAGACUGCUGUUCCUGCUGACUCUUAUGCUGAAGCUGGAGAUGUGGAGUGUGACGCCUGUACUGAGAGAAAAUACAAAGCUGUCAAGUCCUGUCUGGAGUGUCUGAAGUCUUACUGUCAAAAUCAUCUUAAACAACAUGAGAAUUUCUUCAAUGACAGGAGGCAUCAUUUGAUGAAUCCAACCAGACAACUUCAUGAGAUGAUCUGCUCAAAACAUAAUAAACAACUAGAAAUCUACUGUCGCACCGACCAACACUGCAUUUGUUAUCUGUGUACGAUGGACGAACAUAAAAACCAUGAUACUGUGACAGCUGUAGCAGAAAGAACUGAGAAACAGAGAGUUUUGGGAGAACGACAGAGAAAAUUACAUCAGAUAAUUGAGGAGAGAGAGAAGGAGCUUCAGGAGCUGAGAGAGGCUGUGGACUCUCAUGCGCGCUCUGCACAGACAGCAGUGGAGGACAGUGAGAGGAUCUUUACUCAACUGAUCCGAUCCAUUGAGAGAAGACGAUCUGAGGUGACACAACUGAUCAGAGAUCAGGAAAAGACUGCAGUGAUUCAAGCUGAAGGAGUCAUGAAGCGUCUGGAGGAGGAGAUUGAUGAUCUGAGGAGGAGAGACGUUGAACUGAAGCAGUUUUCACAUACAGAUGAUCACAUCCAUUUCCUACAGGGUUUUCAGUCUCUGUCUGCAGCUCCUGAGUCUUCAGUCUCACACAGAUUUACUCUCAGCUCUCUCCUCUCUUUUGAUGAUGUGAGAAAAUCUCUCUCUCAACUGAAAGACAAACUGGAGGAUUUCUGUAGAGAGGAGGUAGAGAAGAUAUCUGGUGAAGUUACAUAUAUCACAGUUAUUUCUGAUGAAUUGAAGAGCAGGGAGGAUUUCCUACAAUAUUUCAAGCAGUUCACACUGGAUUCAAACACAGUAAAUAAAUACAUUCAGCUGUCUGAUGGGAACAGAACGGCUACUUACACUAUCACAGACCAUCAGUAUCCUGAUCAUCCUGACAGAUUUGAUCACUGGCUGCAGGUGUUGUGUAGAGAGAGUUUGUGUGAACGCUGUUACUGGGAGGUUGAGUGGAGUGGUAAUGUUAGUAUAUCAGUGUCAUAUAAGAGCAUCAGCAGGAAGGGAAAGGGUCGUGAAAGAUUGUUUGGAUGUAAUGAUCAGUCCUGGACUUUGUACUGCAAAGACUCCAGCUGUUCAUUCAGGCACAAUAACAAACUCACUAAACUCCCUGUAGUGUUGAGCUCCUGUAGAAUAGGAGUGUAUGUGGAUCACAGUACAGGAUCUCUGUCCUUCUACAGCGUCUCUGAUACAAUGAACCUCAUACACAGAGUCAACACCACAUUCAUUAAACCACUUUAUCCUGGGUUUAACAUCGCUCCAGGUUCGGUAAAGUUUUGUUAUCCAGAAGUGUAGAUGUGGUGGAGAUUCUCUUCACUGUAAAAAUUAUUAUGUGCCUUAGUAAAUUUAACUAAAUAAAAUGAGUAACCAAAAUGUAAGUUAAAAUAACACAAAAAUGGAGUAAUUUAAGUUAUUUUAAAUGAUCACAUUAUUAAGUAAAUUCAAUUUAAUGUUAUUAUGUAAAUUCCACUUAAAUUUGUAAGAAGGAAAUUAACUUAAUAUUUUUUGUUGAUGCUACUUGAAUGAUUUUAGUAGACAUAACUAACUAGGCAGUGGAUUUCCCAUCAUGCUUUGCAUGGGACUGCAUUUGGAGAGUAAAAUUUGAAAUAAAAUUAUUUUAUGUGUUUUUAACUAAAAAGAAAGACUUGUUAGUGUUUUUUUAUCUUUGAGAUUUAGAAGAGUUUCUGUUUCUUCUUUGAGUUUUGUGGUUACCAUCAUUCAGAAGAGUGGUGCUUGUGUAUAGACAAUACUGUAGGCGACACAAUGAAAAUCCUGAUGUGUGUUAAUUCACUCAAUAAGCAAAACUGUGCGAAUGUACUGAGACCUACUGAGUCUCUUCUUACUUUCUCAACAUAAUGUGGCAUAUAGUAAUAAACAAAGAAAAGAAGAAAUUUUACGUGAUUAAAUCAGGAAGAUUCCAUUAAAGAAGUAACCCUUUAAAAGUUCUUAAAAAUGUUUUGCUAACAAUAUUAUGCAUAAUAUCUUUAAACAUUUUUACAGUGUAAUUUAACUUUAUUUAGUAAACUUAAGUACACUAUACUUUUUUGUUAAUUUAAAUCAGCUUUUCUAAGUACAUUUUAUUUAUCAUGUUUUUAAGUGAAAAACUAAUACUGUAAACUUGGACUAAAACGAUAAUUUAAUAUAUUCACUGAAUCCCUUUACCCUGGGCCUUGUUGAUUGUAAGACUUUCCACAGAAAAUCUUGUUAUCUUGCUAACUUGAUGUAAGGAUUUUGUCUUGUGUUGUGUUUUGUACUUUUAUUUUGACACCCUGUUCUGUUCUGGCUUUUAUUUUAAAAUCAUCUCAUGCCAUGCUUCACUUCCCACUUCCUGUAUAUUUGUAUUUAACCGGUAAAAUAUGUUCACUGCCUUAACUAAGCGUUCAUCUUGUAUCUUGUUUCCUGUUCUGUGUCUGGCUGUUUUUGACCUGUGCCUGUUAGUGAUGGGCAGUCCGGCUCUUUCCAUUGAUUCGGCUCUUUCGGCUCAAGCUCCGGCUCUACAUUUUAGUGAUGGCAGUCCGGCUCUUUUCAUAGAUUCGGCUCUUCUGGC